CUGUCCACUGGCAAUUUAUCUCCUUUUUCUUCCCGUUUCUGGAAGCCUUUUCCUGCCCUUUCUGUUGCAGCCAUUGCCCCGUACGAGUAUCCGUACAGUAUACUACGUUUCUCCAUAUGUCGUCUCUCGGGUCCAUCCUUUGACAAACACGUUGUCGCCUUCACCGUGAUCUAGAAACACCAACCCCCCCCCAUCGCUCUAUUCCUCGCCCAUGUUUCCGCGCGCAAGAGAGCCGAAAGACCCGAUGGGGCCCCUUCCUAUCCUCAUCCCAGCUCUCUUCUUGUUCUUCCUCCUCCACAGCGCUAAACCCCCAGAGAAUCGUGGGACCUGUUCGCGCCCUGGGUCUCCGUUUCAGCAUCUAAUUGUCAAUGAUUGGAUUACUAGGUUAUCCGUAGGUCAUCGACGACCAAAGCCUCAUCUAUCCAUGGCUGGCCUCCCUUCGCCCCUGCAGAAAGCCUUAGCGUGAAGGGGAAACGAGAGGCGAGUCUGGAACCUGGCGACGAAACGCUUGACCGCUUUCGUGGUCGAAGCCUAUCUGUUCAUCAAACUGUUGAUCCAACGACCGAAGAACUGACAAAGAUUCGCAAUGUCCACACCGCAGGUUCGGCAUCUUCCAGGAAACCCACUCUAACGAUCAUGUCAACUCCUCUGAAGUUCUGAUCGAUUGGAAAUCGAUUCCCCUUCCCCCUCGUUGCCCACCCGUUCCGCUAUUUUCUCCAACUUUGGGUCUCCCGCACCGACGGAAUGCCCGAGGGCAGGGCCUCACCGCAUGCCCUCGCUUGUCGAUGAAGCCCGAAAACAAGCAAACAUGCCCUCGCUGUCAAGCAGGGUCCUUCAAGCAGGGUCUUCGGCACAACUUGAUUGAUAUCCUACUUCACUGGCCUAGGAUGGUCGAGGGAAGAGUGUUCCUUGAUGUUUGGGUGUGACGUGUCUGUGCCGCCGGGCUUCUCGAAGCCCGGCAAGAUGCUUCUUCUACACGGCUUCUUCCCUGCGUGCCCGCCUGCAGACGUGUUUCUUUGCUUCUUCACACCUGUUACGCGCAUGCGGCACGUUUCGCGACUCUGACAAAAAAAAAAAAAGGAUUUGCGCGACGGGGAGCAAUCUUCACCGCCGACCCUCGUUUCUCACGGGCUGUCCUGUCGAAGUUCGUUCCGUGAGUUCGUAAGAGUGAGAACCCGUCUUGAGCGAGUGUUGCCCGCCCACAAGGUCCCUUGACAUACCGCGUCGAGAUGUACUCCGUACACGAAGGUAAUGAGCGCUUGACUCGCACUCAUCUCUGUCGUCUGUACGAAUACCCUCCCGUCUGCUCGCAAAAAGAAAGCAAUCAAUAGCGAGUUAUUGUAUUGUUGGUCGUACGAGGGCUUGAGCGCAGCUUCAGCCUUUUGUAUUGAGAUAAGCUUCUCUCCGUUCCUAAAAGAGGCAUCAUUCGGCCAAAAAGGGCAAUUGGGGUUCCCUUUCCUGUGGAUUCGGAAUAUUGAUGUCAAAAAGUGCCCGC